AUGGCUGAUUCAAACAAGAUACAGGAGGAAAUAGAACAAAAGGAAAUAACGAAAGACGACGAUUCAAGUGAAAAGAAGUAAGUCUCUUACCUUUGCUGUUGUAUUAAUUCACGAAUCAUAUCACACAUAAAACACUUGCAAUUACAAGAGCAAUUGUCCUCCUCGCAAGUACAUGUGCACUCCAUAGCAAAACCAAUGGAACUAACUUAAACUACUACAACAUUUAUAUAGAAAAUGUAGAAAACCAGAUCACUGGACGGACAGUGUCGAUGAUCAAAAAGAAUUAUUCCUACAUAUUCUCGCUGAAUUAACCACCAAGCAAUUACGUGCUGAAAACCACGACUGCAUGGACUUCGAGACCUACAACAAGAAACACCGGCAAUUGAUCAGUUCUAAUUGGCAAAAAGCAAUCGGGUUCUUUCACCGUAUCAUCAAUGGGGAAUGGGGGGGAGAACCAAAACCCGACAAGGCGGGUAUUGACGACAAAUCCAUCAUAAGCGAUGACGAGAUUGCCUCGACACUUUGGAAAAUCGCAAUACUAGAUAUGUGUCCAAAUGGAGAAGAAAAACCAUACGGUGGUGUCUAUAUUUUUAUAGCCGAAGCCGUAUGUUUCUAUGUCAAAGUUAAAUGA